GUAACCUCUGACCUCUCCACGCUCACCUUGGUGGUGCACACAGCAUGCGCGCCCACGUGUGUACUGUGCGCGUCGCCGUUCCUGCGGAAUUCAGGAGGCUGUGGUCGGACUCCGAAAGGCUCCCAGCUAGAAAAUAAUGAACAACAAAUUUGACGCUCUGAAAGAUGACGACAGUGGAGAUCACGACCAGGACCAAGGCUCACCGAAAGACAGUGAGAAGGAAAAAACAGAAGACGAAGACAAAGAACAGAACACUUCCAAGAAAAAAAUGGUGGUUCCAGGGGCAGGAGAGCAUCCUCUUCAAUACAACUAUACCUUUUGGUACUCGAGACGCACCCCGGGGAGACCGGCCAGCACUCAGAGCUAUGAACAGAACAUCAAACAGAUUGGCAGCUUCGCUUCGGUGGAGCAGUUUUGGCGUUUUUAUAGUCACAUGAUCCGGCCUGGUGACCUGACAGGCCACAGUGAUUUCCACCUCUUCAAAGAGGGAAUUAAACCCAUGUGGGAGGAUGAUGCCAAUAAGAUGGGUGGAAAGUGGAUCAUUCGUCUGAGGAAAGGCCUGGCAUCUCGAUGCUGGGAGAACCUGAUCCUGGCCAUGCUGGGUGAACAGUUCAUGGUGGGAGAGGAGAUCUGUGGGGCUGUGGUAUCAGUACGCUUCCAGGAGGACAUAAUCUCCAUCUGGAACAAAACAGCAAGUGACCAGGCGACCACCGCCCGCAUCAGAGACACCCUGCGCAGAGUCCUCAACCUGCCUCCCAACACCAUCAUGGAGUACAAGACACACACAGACAGCAUUAAGUAUAGCCUGGGAAGACUUCCAUGGUCUGGUGAAUGCUAGUGGCGGACGUUAGCCCCUCACACAGAAGAUACUCAGCAAAGAGUGUGUGUAUAUGAGAUGUGUUGAAGGAUGACAGGUCCGUGGAAGGACACCUCUGCGUGGAUUGGCACUGUGUAAUAUGAAGACAGAGCUAAAGUCAGGAACAGAGGCCAGAAGACCAUUCCUUCUUUGUGUCAAAUUGGAAGUGAACAGAAAAGCCUUUCAGCGGAAUACUGAACCAAGCCGAAGAGAGAAAUAUUUUUAAUCAACCAGGGAAGAGCGAAGCCUCCAAUUUUUUUACUUUAGUUUUUUUUUUUUUAUGCAAGUUUUAACAUCUGUUAACUUGCCAUCAGAGGGAGGCUGUUGUGACUGGUGUCUGCUGAUCUGGUCAUUAGCUGUUGACAAAGUGUACUUGACAAAAUACAACAAAACCAAUCUAAUAUGAGAUACGAUUUUAUUGUUUAUCAUGACAUCACACCUGCUGUUGAAAGUUCAUGUUAAUCUGUUUUCUUGGGACUCAAACAGGGUUGCAGGUAGACGUUAUUUUAUUACAGUGCUGUAUUUUAACUACAAGUCCUCUGGUCAUUUUGAACUAGAACGGAUACUAUUAUUGUGUAUGAUAUAUUUGUAAAUACAGUCCACUUCAAAGAUCACUUAAUGGAAUCAGCGAUGAUUCUCCAUCUUUGACAUGGAAGUUGAAUCCCAAAGGAUGAGGACCAUCCUGUGUUGGGCAGAAGGUUGUAUAACGGGCAUCUCUCGAAUGAACUGCCAAGCUGCCUAAAUCACUGUGCCUGGCCUCAAGCCCAACCCGAACCAGGUUUCCCUUCUGUCAGUUCUGUCUUUUCCCCCCACCUUCUAGGAAUCCAAGGGAAGGGCUUUGCUUUAAUGUCCUCAGCAAAAGGUGUAUAGGAGUCCUGAAACACUGACCUUCACUCCUUUUCCAUUUUGUAGUAAAAGAAAAGAAACUGGGCCCAAGGGCAGGGCCUGUUACAGUUUUGAUCUUGGGGAGCAUUUUUUUGGACCCAUGUCAAGAAAAGCGUCUAUAGUUUGUUGAAAAACUGUAACACUGCCCAUAUUUGGUGGCGUUAUGAUGGGUACAGGUGUGUGUGUCAAAAGUGAAGAAACACUGUUGGAUGUACACCUGAUGGAUUAUAGCAAUAAAUGUUAAAUAUGCAUCUGCUGCUAAA